AUGUGGGUGAGGACGACCCUGAGGCUUGAAAGAUGGACUGGGGAGGUGCCUGGGCGCGAGACCGACGACUGGGAGGCGAGCCAGAGCGGGGACAUCAACAGGUCACCCAACUGGGAGAGAAGACACCUGGAUAGCGGGGGAUCCAGCACUGAGGGGUCUACCUGCUCCUCUGAAGCUGACCUCCAGGAGAACGACAGGUGCCACUGGAAUCACACGCAGUGUGCUAGGCACAUCCUUCACCCCCUGGUCUCGGACUACGGCCACCACCAGCUGCACCUGCAUGCUGUCAGCCACUGCGACUGUGAUUCCAGGGGGAAAGACUGCUCAGAGAAAGCCAACAGCGGUGGCAGCAGCUCCCAGGAUGUGGGCCCAGCUUGCUUCAAGAUCAUCCAGACCCCUUGCUAUGAGCUCUUCCCAGAGGAGGAGUGCGUGGAGCGGUUCUGGUACAGGAAGAACCAGGGCAGCAAGGUGACCAAGAAGGUAAAGAAGAAAAAGGAGAAAGAGAAAGAAAAAGAGGAGUCAUCGUCGGACAGGGAGAAGACGAAGCUCAAGAAGAAAGCCACGAAGGGCAAGGUGACGAAGAAGAAGAGCCCGCUGAAGUCGGAGCCGUCUCCUCCAGACUCGGCCCGGUCGGCCAGCCCCCGAGAGCUGACCGUGAUGUCGGAGUCCAGCCCAGAGAGCCGGGAAGACCUGGAGAGCGAGGAGAGCAACAGUGAGCCCAGACAGGAGAGACCCUGCAGCGAGGAGAGUGCGCCCGCCUCUUCACCCAGGAAGAGAGAGAAGCGGAGCCCCACCAAGAAGCCGGCGAGGAAGCUCUCCCCAGCCAAGAAGGUCACCAAGAAGAACUCGCCUCCGACAUCAAACCCCAAUCUCAGCUGAGGCCAGGGUGACCGAGGUGAAGAAUAAA